GGGAGAUGGGUAUAUUUGUUUAUAUGGGGACGUUUAUGUGAGUAAAAGAGAUGUAUAGCGGGAGCUGUGCAAAAGAAGGCGAGCAAAAUAUGUCUUUGUCUGAAAGAGAUAUGAACAACUGAUAUGGCAUGUGUAGUUUGUGUGAAAGAGACCAUUAUACAUUGCAAAGGAGUAUUUUUACUUUGGGUACCUGGACGCAGUAUAUCAAAAAUCAUCAUAAUAUCAGUAUGAAUGGAAAUUUGGUUUUAUUGUGACGUCUUCGUUGUUGUAGCGUCUACUCAUACGUUGUUCUUGUGUUUAUUUCAUGUAAAGGAGAUUCUUGCUUACGAAAUGUUGUUACGUAUUAAAUAGGAGAGCCAGUGAAGGGUAUAUAUUUUUCCACUAAUCGCACGUUAUACGGCUGACGUGACCUCUGAAUGCAACAGUAUGUUCCUGUGUUCGACAUUGGACCUGAGAUAGAUUGUGAUGGCGACAUACUUGGGGAGGUUAGGGCCCAUAUGGGACAGCCAUUGAUGAUCAUGAUCGACUUUACGACCACAUUAAAUCAGUUUUUUGCUUAAGUUAAAAUAAUAACUGUGUACGUUUUGUUUUGUGUUCAUAACAUUAUUCUUAUUGUAUGCACGCUUGGGCAUUGCUUGAUAACAAACAUUUCGCUACAGGUACAAAGCUAUCACCGCACGGCGCUCACAAACGCACUCUUCACAGCUUUCCCCGAAGUCCUAAUUUUAACCAUAUUGUACAAAAAUACGAAGGACCAAAAUGUAAACUUAAUCUUAACCAAAAAUUAACAGGUGCUGAUACUGUAGCCGUGUAUAAAGACACUGUCAGUUGUUCUAGUACAUUUUCUUUACAAUCCCUAGAUUCGUUUCCUAAAUAUCAUAUGCGUACUAGGUCUUUGCCAAGAAAACUCAAAAAUGAAUUCACAUCGGUCUACAGAACAAGGUCCCAUGGCGCGUUCGUUAACUCAUACAUGAACAAUCCUGAACCCGAACACUUCCAUAUACCAAAAUGUGACAGCUGCGGCUCCAUAAAUAAUACAUAUGCAUGGGAAAUGCGUAAAAUUGACCCGAGAUAUAAACAAUACGGGUCCUUAUAUUAUUCUAUUGAUAAUUUAGCAAACGGCCUCGAAGAAGAUAAUAUCGACUCAAAACCAAACAUUACUAAAACAUGUGAUGAGGUACCAAGACUUGAUUUGAAAUGUGAAGAGGAAUUCGUUGAGAGUCAAGAAUUUAAUGAAGAUAACUAUUUCGAUGAUGUAACCAACUGCUUAUCUCAAAAUCACAUAGAAACAACUGAAGUUCAACGAACUGAGGACGCAAAAACUGAGGGUAUUUUCAGAGCCGAAUAUGUGACAGUUCAAACACAGACUGACUUCAGUUAUAACACACUUGACUCCGAAGGUGAAUACCACAGCUUUACAGAUGAUAUGUUAGAAGAUAUUGAUGCUGUGGUGUAUGAAAGUCCAGUUAAAAAUCUCGUCGACAAAGAUAUAAGAGAUUAUUCAGUACCAAUUAACUUCUACUGCGAAGAAUAUGGAAAGAAAGACAGCCCAAGAGUUUCACCGUUAAAAAAGAAAGAAGCUCCUAAAAAUAAUGUAUUAGAACCUAUUUUAGAGGAAUCCAAAAGUUAUGAAGAAUCAACCAGUGAUAGCAAUAAAACACAACACUCCGAAACAGAUUUAACCGACCCAAAGAUUGUACCAAAAAACGAAGAAAUAGAUACACAUUAUUUUUUUGAUGAUUUCAAACGACCGAAAGAACCACCUAAACGCGAAACCUUACUGCAAAAUGAUGCAAGAUCUAGUUGUGGAAUGAGUACCAUAUCACUCACUAGUUUCGAUUCUACAGCUGAAUUUGAAAAAUUGGAAGCAGUUACAGAAGUAAUAGAUUUAAUCUUGGGUAAGAUAAAUUUUGAUUUUUAUCGUGAUGAAAAUCUAUUUGCGAAAAGCAUUCAAGACACAAACAAUGAACCGAAUGAGUUAUUUUCUAUUACAGAUAUUAUUAGUGAUAUCGAAAAUAAUGUUCUAGACUAUACACCUGUUGAUAUUUCCGACUCUUUCAUUACUGAUUCAUUAAAAGUAGCUGAAGCAGUUUUGUAUUAUAUUUUUAAUAGAGCUAUCUGUUCGAGUCAUAGUCGGAAAUCAAAACAGAUAACUAAAACAGUUAUAACAAUUGUUGAUGUUGAAGAUAUUUUGCUAACAACAUCGCGGGAGUGGAUGGGGAUUUUUCAUGAUUUCACUUUCAUUGAAAGAGAUGUGAUAGAAGAUAAACGUGAUACUAACAAAGGCAUAAAGCAGUUCGACAAUAAGUCUGAAGAAGUACAUAUAGUACUUGAUAUAAGUCACGGUGUACCUCUGUAUUUAGACAACAUAGGAUCAAAUACAUCUGACAGCAAUGAAGAUUUACCUUUUUAUGGAAAUGACAGUGACGUUCCUGAUUGUCCACCAGACGCCAAACCUAAAAGUGAAAAUAAUGAAAACUCUGAUAACGAUGAAUUCAAUUUGAAUUUUAAUCAUAAUUUCGAGGAAUCAUCAGAUACAAUAUGUGAUUUGCUAGAAAAAUCAAUACCAACUACUCCACAUUUGAAAGAGGAUGUGAAUGAAACGUUUGUUAUUCAGGAUAAAAUGAAUGAAGCAUUUGUGGAUUCGCGAUUCAGUCAUUCAUCAACUCCACAGAGAGUGGUUUUCGAAUGUCCCGAAUCGCCUAUAAAUGCGAGUCGGUAUGAAAGAGAUGAUUCAAUACUUUCACCGUUCUUAAAGAAGACCCAAGUACACUCAAUGUCCCAGACAGAGCACCGAGGCGGUAUAAAAUAUUGGGUGUCUUUCUCCGAUGAUAUUAUAGAAACGGAAAGAGAUGGUAGGUCAUUAAAAAAAUUCAACGACGAUUCGAUACCUAGCUAUUACGUCGUCGAUUUUGAAGAGAAAGAUAAUGGCGAAGUGCUAGAGAGGAAUAAUUUCUCCAACGAGACAUUUUCUAAAUAUGAAAGCUGUGAGUCCGAGAUAGUGGAAGGAAAGUUGAUUUACGAUUUACGUGAAAAGCGCCGAAUGGCAACAAGUUGGCCACCGUCUGAUGAAUCAUUGUUUUAUAGAAUUCUAUCCAAUUUUAGAAUGUCCCAGAGUUUUGAAUUAAGCGAUCUUAAUUAUUCUAAAUUUGAAAAUAGUUUGUAAUAAGAGUUAAUAAAGGAAUUAUUGAUAAUUAAUAAUUUAGGAAUAUUUUACAUAUUUGAACAUCCCCAUAAGAUUUAAGAUA